GUCUCUUUUUACCCAAAUCACUUAACGGUAUACGGAUACUCUACAAUACACUGGCGCUAAAGCGACAUACACAUACAUAAUAAUUAUGGAUUAUUCAAACAUUGACAGAAGAUCAUCCAGCAACAAAAAAGUGGUAGCUGUAGUGGGGGGUGGUUUGGUUGGUGCUUUGAAUGCUUGCUACUUUGCAAAAAGAGGGUUUCAAGUGGAAGUAUUUGAAUCUCGAGAAGACAUUCGCAAAGCCAAAAUAGUGAAGGGGCGGAGUAUUAACCUGGCCCUAUCUCACAGGGGCCGUCAGGCUCUGAAGCAAGUUGGGAUGGAAGACAAGAUUGUUUCCAAGGGAAUCCCCAUGCACGCCAGGAUGAUCCACUCCCGGAAUGGAAAACAGUCCGCUAUACCUUAUGGCAAGAAGGGCCAGUACAUUCUGUCUGUAGACAGAGCCAACCUCAACAAAGAACUUCUAUCAGAGGCUGAGACAUAUCCAAACACAAAGAUGAACUUUGACCACAAAUUACUGGACUGGAACGCUGAAACAGGGGCAAUGACCUUUAUUGGGCCUGAAGGAACCAAAGAGGAGAUCCAAGCGGACCUGAUAGUAGGCUGUGAUGGAGCCUUCUCGGCCAUCCGCAAGCAGUUCCUGCGCAGGAGCCGCUUCAACUACAGCCAGACGUACAUCCCCCACGGGUACCUGGAGCUCACCAUGCCGCCCCGGAACGGAGACUUUACUAUGAAGCCCAACUUUCUGCACAUUUGGCCAAGGAAUACGUUCAUGAUGAUAGCAUUGCCAAACUUGGACAAGACGUUUACCUGCACUCUCUUCAUGCCCUUUGAAGAGUUUGAGAAGCUCACCACAGGUGACCAGGUCAUCGAGUUCUUCGAGAAAUACUUUCCAGAUACCAUUCCUCUAAUAGGAGUUGAAGCCCUGAAGAAGGAUUAUUUCCGCCUGCCAGCCCAGGCCAUGGUCUCUGUGAAGUGCUCCCCAUAUCAUCUUGGGAACAUGUGUGUCCUUAUGGGGGAUGCAGCCCACGCUGUGGUACCAUUCUAUGGGCAAGGCAUGAACGCAGGUUUUGAAGACUGUCUCGUCUUCAAUGAAAUAAUGGACCAGCUAAAGGAAGACUUCAGUGCUGUGCUGCCAGAGUACAGUAGAGUCAGAGUUCCAGACGACCACGCCAUCGCAGACCUGGCCAUGUACAACUAUGUUGAGAUGCGUGCACAUGUUAACUCCAAAUGGUUCCUUUUUCGAAAACAUGUGGAUAACUUCCUCCACAUUAUCAUGCCAAGGACAAUAAUCCCCUUGUACACAAUGGUAACUUUCACCAGGACAAGGUACCAUGAGGCAAUCAAGCGCUGGCAUUGGCAAGACAAAGUGAUUAACCAUGGCUUACUCAUCAGUGCCACAGCUGCUUUGCUUGGGGGCACCUACCUGCUUGUAAAACACCCCCCUAAUAUUUCCCAAAUCCCCGUUGACCACCUGUGGACCAGGCUGCAGGCAUUCAAACCCUUCUGAGUGUUUCUUUGGACCAGACCAACUCACACUCAGAGAGAGGGGUUCAGAUGGAACUAAAAACAGUACAGCCACCAAACAAAUCUGAAGCUACUUAAAGACAAUGAUCAAUUGCAAUGACUGAAUAAGCUGCUAUCCAUGCUUCUUCACAAUGUUAAUUUU